AUGCCCAACUGGCCGGAUCUACCACAGGCGGUACAGCAAAUGAUUAUGAGAAACUUGGUCACGCCCGAAGAUGGUCAAGUGGUAAACCUUACAAGAGAUGCUGACAAUCGUCCAGAUCUGAACAUUAUUCACACAUCACGCGAAGCGGCCAGGGAUGGCUUUGCAGAGAUGAGACUACGCAACACGUACGUUUUUGAGGAUGCCGACCAGAUGCGUCGCCUGAGACGUCCGCCCCCUAGAAGGAUCCCGGGACGACGGCGGGGCCAGCAGUUUGUCCGCCAUGGCAUCAGAAAGAUUAGGAUACGGAUGAACUAUACGCAUCGUGCAGGACAGCCACCGAACUGGCUGCUCCUAUUAGCGAAUGCUCACCCCAGAACAGAAGACCGGCAAUGCUGUAACAAGAAACGGGACAAUGUAGACCCCUGGCAUGCCCUUCUCCCAGUGGCUCCACCGGAGGAGUGGGUAGGCGCGAGGCUGCCCGUUGAGGAAAACAUCCCGGUUCCUCAACUCACGAUUGAUAACCGCCUCUUCCAGGUGGAAUUCUUGCGGCGCAGAUGGGACUGGGUAUUCAAGAAUUGGAGGGAAUAUGGACUUUUGGAGGUGAGAGAGGUGGAGCUGCAGCUAGACGACCUUAUGAAGUGGCAUACGUUGUGGGGCCCUAUAGGAAUGAGGGAUAACUGGAUGUAUCCAGCCCGCGACCUUUUCUUGCUGCUGUUCCAGGUUCCGAACUGGGUCACCACCGUUACUAUUGUUAGUCGAUAUGCCGGGUUUCUGCAACGGCGCCUACGAUCUAUCGAGAGGAACAGCAGCCAUGGAGUACCGUAUGGCCGACAAGAUACGGACGAACAGAUCGAUUUUUGGAUGACGAAUUGGUACGAGAACUACAAACACAAGUUCUACAGACGCGGCACCACUUGGCACGAAAGACUCCGCAGUCUGCCCUUCCAGCUCAGAUGGAGAUUCGACAAUGAUGUGGAAUAG